AUGGAAUCAGACAUCAGAGACGACUUUCAAUGUGUCAUUUGCUUACUUCUCUCUUAAUUAGCGAGCAAAUCUUGCAUUCUAACCAUUCGAGUUAAAGCUAGCAUUUAUCCAAUGUAAUUAUUUGAAGUGGAAGUCUAUUUUAAUUUAUAAAAGUAAUUUAGGAUUAAGCAGUCUAAAAUUUAGUAGAGCUAGCUUGCAAUCUCUAUAUUUAAAAGCAUUAAUUUAUAAUAAACAAAAUUUUGCUCACUAACAGUGGGGUUUAAUUUUAUUGGGAAUAAGGAAUUUUUAAAGUUUCGCUCCUAAACUACAAGGAGAAGUUAGGCGUGCUAGUAAGCCCAGUUUUCCAUGAAGCUUGCAGGAAAUACUUUUGCAGCACAUGUAUCAACCAAUUCAUGAGAAAUUCUCACGACUGCCCUUAUUGCAGAGGUCUUCUUUCAUCAUCUUCAGUUCUGCCUGACCCAAAUCUCUCAGAACAAAUUUCAAUAACUGAAUUUACUUGCAACUGCGGAGCGAAAAUGCCUUAUUCGGGCUACAACAACCAUAUGGGUGAGUGCACUUCUAUAAGAGCUUUAAUUAAACACGCAGUUGAGACUACUGAGAAGCCCCCAGUUCCUGUAGUGAAUAGAUGGACUUUCAAAUGCCCCAGCUGUGACCAAAGAAAUUUAGACAGGCAAGGGCUGUUAGAUCAUUAUUCUCAAAGGCAUAGAGGCAAAUCUGGAGUUUGCCCGAUCUGUUCUGCGAUGCCUUGGGGUGAUCCAAACUAUGUAAGUAGCAAUUUAAACAGCCAUCUCCAAUCCAGGCAUAAAUAUGAUACUGACACUUAUACCGUAUUUUCUACUUAUCCCUUUAUCGUCCCAAUUUUUUUUUUAAACUUGAUUUUUGAAGUAAAAAAAUUAUUUGAAAUAGGAAAGUUAGGAUUAUUCUAUGGAUGAUGAUGCAAUAUUGCAGAAGGUUUUGCAAGAUUCCCUUCAUAAUAGAUAG